AUGGUUGUCGAGUCAGAUUCUGAAAAGAAGCGUAAAAUUACUCGGGCUUGUGAUAUCUGUCGACGUAAGAAGAUAAAAUGUGACGGACCAUCAAAAGCAGAGCAGGGUUUAAAGUGUUCAAAUUGCGACAAUAACAACUUUACAUGUACCUACGUAGAAGCUGCAAAGCGUAAAGGUCCACCUAAAGGAUACAUAGAGUCAUUAGAGAAUCGUAAUCGAAGGUUUGAAAUGCUGUUUAGGAAAAUGCUGCCGGAUUAUGACUACAACAGCCAAGUUGGUUCACCAAUAGACAGGGAUAACUUUGAAACUGGCUGCGAAGCCGAUACUUCUCGAUGGAAUAAGCAGAAGAAAGAGUUACCAACGAUAGAGAAUGCUUUUCACCCCACCCAGGAGAUUGAUGAUCAGAGUGACGAUGAACUCGAGGAACGUAUGCAACAGAUCAGUGUAUCUGCACAAUGUGAAGACAACACACGUUAUCUAGGAAAGUCAAGUUCGGUUUACUUAAUGGCUACUUUAGAUCAAUAUAAGCCUCCUGAUGAACCACCUAUUACUCGAGAAGUUAUGGAGCAAGACCGAAGACCUGAAUUUUGGAUGGACCGUGAAUGGAUUAUGGAAGAGAAAAAAGACUUUCCUUCUGUUUCCUACACCGCUGAAGAACUCCCGCCUCCAGACCUCUUGGAACAUUUAGUGAAAAUCUUCUUUGAGAAGUUCAAUGUUUACUUCCCAGUGCUUCAUAGAGCAUCCUUCGAAGCGGAUUUGCACAAAAGAAAAGAUGACAUCAGAUUUGGCGGUUUGCUUCUGUUAUUAUGUGCCACAGCGUCCAGAUAUUCCGAUGACCCUAGAGUGGUACCAAAGGAUGACAAAGAUGAGUUCGGUAACGUCAAGAAUUGGCGUUUCGCUGGUGCAGAAUUCUUCGCCAAAUUCAAAAUGCAUUGUCAUAGCUUUAUUCUUACUGCUGCUACACUCGAAGACCUGCAGUCGAUUAUUCUGAUGAUUAUAUAUCUUCAGGGUGGUCCAUUUAGUCCUGCUUGUUGGGCUCUAAAUAGUAUGGGCUUGGUAUUAGCACAGGAUAUUGGUUUUCAUAGGAAAAGAGUUUGGGGCGAUCCUAUUCAAAAUGAAUUACGCAAACGUGCGUUUUGGUCUUUUUAUAUGAUGGACAAACACUUGUCAGCUAUGUUGGGUCGACCAUGUACCUUGAAUGACGAGAACUUUGAUGUUGAAUUGCCUUCUGUGCUUCCGGAUGAAGUAGAGACUGAAAUGCAAAUGACUAUAACGCAAUUCAAUAAGCUGAUAGAAUUGGUUGCCAUUCUUGGCGAAGUCCUGAGAACAAUCUACGUUGUCAACAAGCGUAAACGUCCAAAUAAUGCGAACAUACCUGAGCCAAAGCGCACAUUAAUGGAUGUCGCAGCACUCGAUUCAAAGCUACAUAAAUGGCUUGAAUCCAUACCACCUGAGCUCGCUUGGGAUCCAAACUGCAAAGACAACUUGAAGUUCACAUUUAUGUGUAUGCUUCAAACUACUUAUUAUUUAGUACAGAUUUACAUCCACAGGCCAUUCAUCUCAACCCCAAAACGACCAUCUCCUCUUGGCUAUCCGAGUUUGUCAAUUUGCACAAAUGCAGCGAGAUCGUGCAUUCACGUUCUUUCUCACCUUCAAGAAAGAAAUAAGACGACUAAGGUCAUGGAUAGUUGGACUGGUAUAGGGAGUUUCACAUCAUCUGUUAUACUGAUCGUAAGCGCCUGUGAGGGCAGAAGAAAUAGUACAGAUCCAUCGGCGCCAAUUCCAGAAAUGAAGGAAAUCAACAUGGGAAUGCAGGUAGUUAAGGAAUUGGAGGCCAGGCAUCUGCACGCUGGUAGAGCUCAUGACAUACUUCGCAAACUUGUUAAUGGAAUUGGAAAGAUCCCAACUGAGGAGUCACCAAACGCUACAAGCCCCGCAACUAGUAACUUCUCAGCUUCUUCUAGUCUUUCUAUGGACUCAAAUCUCUUUUUACGAGGUAGUACCGAAAAUCUUUUCAAUCCACCACAGCAACGUCGUAAGAUAGCAAAGAAACCAAGUCAUACACGUAAAAAUACGCAGGAUUUGGAAGAUCUGCCAAUGUCAACUAAUGAUUUGGCUACGCAUAUUUUCUAUCCUGAUAUGGUGAACGAUACAGCAACUACGGAAAAUACUACGACUAGUCUCACAGAAAUGGCAAAUUUAGUUGAUCAAGGGGUAUUUCCAUCUGGGAACUUUGACUUUACGGCACCGACAUCAUCUGAAGUUAUGCCACAAUCUACGUUUGUACAACCUCCGACAAGCCAAAUGCCGAAGGGAUAUAAUGAUGUCAAUAUGGCUGGUAUCAAUACACUGACUGACUAUGAUAUGUUGGGUAACUCAAAUCCACUCACUAAUAUGUUUACUUCUUCACCUGAAGACGACACAAAACCAUCUGUCACUCAAGAUGCAGUACCACAACAAGAUCUUUGGUCACUGUUGCCAGAUUCGACGUAUAACACACAAUCCGAAGACUGGACAAACUUCUUCCGCUUCACUCAACCGAUGUAA